CUCUCUGAGAAAAGCAGUCAGUUUCUAAUUCUACCAGCUUUUUCUCUCUCCCACCGCCUCCGGUUUCAGUCUGCAUUCCGUCCCUUCUCCAGAGUUCAGUUCGCUUGAGGUUUUAUUCUCAGAGGAGUUGAGGGGAUCCUACAGGUUUACACAGAUCACCUCAGUCACAAACUAGUGGAGUCAAUUGGGAAGAGUUAAGUUUCAUCCACCAUGGGGGACGUGAUUUCCAGUCACCUGGAUGAAGCCAAGCGGGGAAUGAUCACAGGUGAGGAGCGUUUGGUAACUGUGAGUUGCUUUGGCACAUGUGCGUUUUUCUUCUUUAACGCAGCGGUUUCUUACUGCCGUGUGAGAGAUCCAACCACUGAUAAAUCAGAAUGCGUUAACUUUAUCAAGCUUCUCAGUGUGACUGUGACACUUCUGACCAAUCACUGUUUCUUAGAGAUAGCAUGUGGUGUCAGUGCUGAGCCACAGCUGGAGUUAACUCAAUGUACCGAGGUUUGGCGUGUGUGGUACAGCUCUGAUGUUUUUUUAAACUGUCUUAAUCCGACCAAACUCCCAAUUUUGCUUAUAAUUAGGAGUAGAAAACACCAAAUGAACUCUCACUUUUUAAUCUGGAUAUUUGUGUGUUUUCAGCAUUUAUCUGUCUGUGACACAAUUGUAAACUUUUGUCCCCAUUUCUUGCCCCAGAGUUUCCCUCUUUGUGUUUGUUCAAUAGUUUUUUUUUCUUCUUUUUUCCACAUAGUGUUUCCUUCUGUCAGAAACAUUUCUAUCAGGGAAAUCUGAUCUAGUUUUCCUGGUGUAAAAAUGCUCAAAUGUGUUUGGUAUCCAAUAGCCGUAGCAUGUAUCUUUAAAAUCUCUAACAGUUUGUUGUAAAAUGACAUAAACUUCUGAUCCUGAUCCAAUUUUAUCUGCCAUUAACCAUCCUGAUACUGGUUACCGAGAGAAAAGAACUGCACACUUUCUUUGCUUUGAAAGUGUGUGGGUUGAUCCAGUUUGCAGUGAUACUUCGCAAAUGUUUGUUGUAAAAAUAAUAGCAGUCUCAUAAUAAAAUCACUGCAGUGUCUGAAAUGUGACAUUGAGGCAGCAGGACAAAGAUCAAAAAGGCAACAAAACCCAGCAUCCUCUCGAAGGAGAUGGGCUGUUUGUCUUGAGCGAUCAUUUUUUAUACUCUCUUUGGAAUAUUUAUCCUUUUAAAAGUCCAGAGUUUGUGGUUUCGGUGCAGUAUUCUCUUCCUCUGUUGCUUUAGAUAAUGCACAGUAUUCUGUUGUACGUUUAGUUUUUAGAUGUCAUAUCAUAUUUGUUACGUUGAACUCUGCUUUAGUGCAUUGUGAAAUGAUCUUAUUGCAUAUAUUUCAAGUGGCUGUUGGACGGUUUUCACUUUCUGGCUUUAAACAUUUACACACUGCUGUUUUCAGCCAAGGGUUUUUAAUGCUUUACCUAUGCACUUAUGUUCAGCUGCAAAUCGUGUCCAGUUUACCACAGCUGGAGUAAGUUACUGAGGUGUGAUGACUGGGAAAAAUGUCCAGAUUUGCUCUGAUGGAAAGAGGUUGAGGUCAGACUCAAUAAUAAAGAUCAGGUCACCCUAAUAUUAAAUGUAAUUUGGCCUCUUUCUGUGUGCUCUAAAUAAUUAAAGGAUCCAAAUCAAAUCUUCAGAUUCCAUGAAAAAAAAGCAUUAUCUUAACAGCAGCAGCAUAAUCAGUGAAGCUCCAAUAUGCACCAUCUCACACCCAUCUGGGUAGAGCUGCACCCACCAGCCCCACCCUGUCUAUUGGCUUUAUCACAGUUUAUGAACUCAGGUUAGCUGUACUUUUAAUCUUCAUUGGUUUUCCGUCUUUCUCAGACCUUCAAACUUUUUAUCUUUUAUUCAGAAAUGUUUACACAGGGUGAUUCAUACUUGUUUCUUCUCUCAUCAAACUUAGAUAAUCAAAAAGCUCCAUGGUGACAAAAGCUUCACCCUUAUCAGCUGCUGCUCUCAUGCAGGAGCAUGUGGCCUUGUCAUUGGGCCUGCUGGAACAUGUUCAGUGUUAAAUGAAGUCAGUACAGUGUGGGAAUAUGAAGCAAUAAUCCUCAGGGAGUAUCCUCAAAGGCAGCGGUUUGUGUGAACAUCUUUGUUAUUCUGUGUCAGGAUCCGAUCAAAGAAAGAGAUUGUCCAACACGUCUAGUUUUAAGUGAUGAAAAUCAAACUCGCUGCAUGCCUGUAAAAUUGAUCGUUACUCCCACAGGCCGUCAUACAAUAGCUAAUUAUAACGUUUCAGUUCUGCUUGCUAACGGUACAGAGAUUGUGCUUGUGCUGACUGUUAUACCUUUUAAAUAUUGUAUAUUUCUGUUCAAUUAAAAUAUAAAACCCAACAUAUGAAGUAGAUUAGGAAUCAAUGGAAAAUUUUAUAUCAGGGUAUUGUAGGUAAAACUACCUGGAACGUGAUUCUUUGGACAUUUUUUUGGUGAUUUGUAUCAAAAGACAUCUAUGGUGUAUUUGUUGACACCAAAUUAAAAUAAAGAUUUUUAUGCAACGCAAUUUCACAAGUUCCACUUAAAAGUCAAUGACACUAAUACAUUAGUCAAAUCAUUUUAGUUUGACAAAAGAUUAAGUUUUAGAGUCUACUGAGAAAUUGGUUUUGUAGUGUCAGCAUUUCCUGACUUCAACAGAAUGCAGCACAAAUGGUCUAACCAAACCCCAUUCAAAAAAACAAGCAUUUUAAGAAGUCAACAGGCACAUCCCUAAUCAAAAUACUGAGAGAUCAGCUAUCAUCUGUGCAGGUUUGGGCAGAAGAGCAGGGAGGACGCCUGUUAGAACUGGGUACUAUUCAGAACAUCAUAAUUCAAUUCAAUUUUGAUUUUAAUUCUUUUGAUUGUAAUCCAAUACAAUAUCUAUUUGAUUGGACUUUGAUUCAAUAUUGAUUUUGAUUCAAUUCUAUAUUGAGUUGUAUGCUUAGAUGUCGAUUCAGUAAGAAGUACACAAAUAGAGUACCUGUUGACAAUUUUUAAAUAUUUAUUUUCAUGCCCAUGUGAACAUAUGUGGCAUGUUACCUCACACGUUGACCAAUAAAACAAAUAAAAAUAAUAAUUUGCACGAUAAUAACUUAUUUGUGCAUAUUGAAGUACAAAAGUAAAAAACAUGACAGUUCUGUAAAAAUACUGAAAAAGUAAAGUACAUAUAAACAUUGAUAUUUCUUUCCUGUGAUAAAAAAAAGUUGCAAUUUGACAAUAACAAAAACAACUUAUUGAAGGCAAGGCCCUGAGCUGUGGGUUCAGAGCUGAGGCGAUGAAGAAUUCAUCCUUCAGGCCACAGUACCUUGAAUAAAUUGUUUCAAAUUACAGUAAAUCUUUUUUGUCUCAUGCUAAUGACAUUCUUAUGAAAAGAUUUGGCAGCGUGUAGUUAAAAAAAAAGGAUAACAAUGAAUACCUUUUCUGGAGAUCCUGGCACACAGCAGACUUUAUCUCCUUCAUCAUCAUAGAGUCAUUGGGAGCUGGUUACAUGUCAUCCAUAAGUCUUGCUCUCAGGGCUGCAGUGACAGACAGAGUUGGGGUACCUUCCUGGUUGCUGCUCCAAAAAUCUUUCCAGCAUGUCUAAUGUGCCGUUCCAAAGCAUUGGUACAUCACUCACUAGUUUGUGCUGUAAAUUCUGUUUCCUUUUGAGUGCAUGACAGGCUAAGAUGCUUUGGUGAUAAAAAAUUAGAGAUGCGCCUCACUCUGCCAAGAAGCUGCGUGACUGCAGGGUUUUUAAGUGCGGCCUGUGAAGCCAAAUUGAGUACCAGGGCAAAGCAGCCAACAUGCAGUGACUCAGUGAGACUGACAGCAAGAAGCAUGCUUGUGGCAUUAUCUGUGACAACAGCCGGUACUUUCCCUGUUAAACCCCAUUCAUUUAUUGCCUCUGUCAACAAGUUGGCUAUAUUGCUCUCUGUGUGGCUGCUAUGCAGGGCUCUGGUCUGUAGAACUUUUGAUUCUAAUUCCGACUUGUUGGAGAUGAAAUGAUGUCAUUUUUCAAAGAGAUCAACCUCAUACUAAUAUCAAACAUGAUGUGCAAUUGUCGGGAUAUGUUUGAAUUUUGCAACAUUAUUGGUGAUAGCUUUUUUUUAAGCCUUUGUCAAGGAGCCUGGCAUAAAAUAAAACCAUUUGUAGGAGUGCUGUUCAUUGAUAGUGCCUCCACUUCACGUGGGUGGCAAGCCAUCAGGUGAGCCUGCAGAUAUGAGUAAGUAAGCUAUUGUGCAGCAUUGAUGCCUCUUAGAUGUUCUGAUGUCGUGAUUUUUUUCAUUCUGCUUGACCAUAUCCUCCAUGUUUAUAGAAUAACAUACUUGUAUUAGUUUACUGAGGUCAAGAGUGCAUCGAUUGACCAGCUUACAGUAAAAGCGCGCUGUGCUGGAUCAUACUGCAAACUACUUUAGGCAGCCUGAUGCAGUGGUAUACUAUCUCAUGAGUUUAAAUGGCUAUUUAGCUAUUGAACUUUUAUCCUAGAGUUAAAUGAAGGUUCAAAUUUCAGACUGAUUCAGAGUUUAGACUCGUGUUUAGUAAAGCAUGGAAGAAAAUGUGCUUUACUUUAUUGAAGCUUCAACACUUAACCAGCUCCAUGGAUUGAUGAAAAACUACACCAAAAUGGCGAUUGCCCUUUUACCCACAAUCAUCAGGGGCCUCACAGGCAAUGAGUUGACUGUGUGGUAAUUUAGAUAUUGGUGUAAUAAAUUAUAAAUAUUACAAAGCUGCCAAGUGUGCAUUGUGCUUGACGGGAGUACAAAUACCAUGAGUGCACAGAGAAUGGGAGGAACUGGCUGCUCAACAGAGGAACAGUUUAGGAUUGUUUCCAAGUGGGUUGACCGCCCUUCCCCACAGUUUAUGACUUUAUGUACAGAUUUUGUUUUCCAAAGUUGGGCCAAAACACUUUGAUUGUCUGUAGACUGUCACAUACCCUUUACUUGUCAGUUUGUGUUUCACAGUUUCAAGUUUUAGAUUAUAUCCAGCUCAGCACAUCACAGGAAGUAAAGAGAGACUAAAAAUCACGGUAGAGGCCAAGCAUCAUCUUUCUUUUUAAUGCCCUGAGUGGUUAAUACAGAGCAGAGUGCACACAUACACCUAUCAGAUGUGGAAUCUGAGGAAUGCCUGAAUAAGUGUGUGUGUGUGUGUGUGUGUGUAUGUGUGUGUGUGGCUGCAUGGAAACCUCCUCCAGGCCUUGAGCUGCAGAGCCAGCGCCACACAGUCUCUUCAGCCAAGACCAGCUGAGGACCUGGCUAGCUUCAAGGGAAGUGGCUGAAGGGGCUGAACGAUUAAUUGCAUUUGCAAUAAUAUCAUGAUAUGAUAAAAUGAGAUUUUCUAACCGUAAAGGCCGUGAUUUGACGUUCAUUUGAGGACAAGAACAACACAAACAAGGACCUAGACUAGAGGAAAACAGAAGAGUACCAAAGAGGGGCAGCACUUCAGUUGCAUGGAUUUAUUUUGACUAUAAAAAAGAAGAUGCUGCGCAGCGUCAGGUAUCGUGCAGAACCUGCCUUGCUACUGUUGCUACCAUAUGAGAUAACACUAUGAACCUUUUAUCAACAUAAAAAACCCACCACAAAACCAUGUAUGAUAGUCGCAUGGCUUAAAGGGAUAUUUAUUAAGGGAUACCAACUUUAGUAAUGACCGCAUCAACAGUACAUAUAGGCCACACUAGCCACCAAACAUCUUUUUAGCUUUGCCUAAUUUCUUUAGCAAAGAGACUAAAUACAACUCACCCACUCUCUUCCAGCAGCCGCUUGUUUGUUGCGAGACCUCAGGCCAGUCCAUUACAGACCACAGCGAGGUGACGCAGCUCAAGGUAGAACAUUAAUGAAGUUAGGUGCUGUUCUGAGCAUUAUUUGUGGCGUUUUGAUUGAGGUUUGUUUAUGGCUCCUCAGACCGCCAUGUGUUGCUAUCGUGCGGUCGUUACUAAAGUUAGUAAAACUACAGAAGCAAGCGUUCUGCAACAUUAAUCUCUGGAGGGGGUGUCUAACUUGGUGUUACGGUGUGUUUGACCCUAGAUUAAUUUUACACCUGAAUAUCCCUUUAAAUGCCAGCGACCAGCACUUCAACUUCGAGUAAGCAAAGUACCAGCUGACAGAAAUCACUGACCAAACUGUUUGAAAGUAUUUCUCCUUCUGAGCAUAUUUCGCAAUUGCAGUAUUUAGGGAAAAAAUGCUAAGUAGAUUAUUUUCCAAAAUCGUUCAGCCUUAGUACCUGGUUUUGUCGUUAAAGCCUUCCACACUCAUAUUACAAACCCACAAACUUCAGCUCACUGUAUUCAUUCCUGCUACUCUGAGAAAGUCGUCAGCUUGUGUGUCAGAGAUCAGACUGUGGUUAUCUUGCCCUUAGAUAUCGUCAUCAAUCAGCGUUAUUGUUCUCUGUGGAUGAUUUAUGAGUGGCUGAUGAACGGGCCGCUCCUCUUCUGCUGUGAUCUCACUGUGGGCAGAGCUGAUAACUGUAACUGUGGGAGUCUGUGAGCUGACUCAUAUGUAACCAGGCAGCGUGUUCGACUUCCCCUCUAACCUCCAGCAUGAGGUCAGCUCAGGAGGGAGGCUAGAAAUGACCCAGAUCACAUGACUAACCCUCAUUUCCUCUUUGGAAAGUUAGUCGAGUGCACAUGUGUUUGCUGAAGUCAGGCUUGUACACGGAAUAUGCACAUGGAGAAUGUAUUUACGAAAAUUAUCAGUGAAAAAUCAACCAGUCAGGGCACUUCCCUCUAUAAACAAAGAGGACAAAUUAUUUCACUGUAAUAUUGCUUUGCUAUUGAAACAUGUUAAUUUUAUGGUUUCAAAACUGUUUUUAGGUUUUUGAAUAUUUUUUAUUAAUACCAGUGUCUAAAGUUAAGUAGGCUGUCACAUCACAAGUUUGUUUAAGGGGAAGAGGAGGGCCGUAGUGAGUGACCAUAUGUUCACGUCAGUCCUAAGAUAUUUAUCAUUACUCUAAGUGUUAAAUGCCAAAUCAGUUGUUAACAAAGACUGUAUACAGAAUGGACGCUGUCUGCCUCCUCGCUAGGUAAGACCACCCGAGAACAGCACCCUCCGGUGACAGGCUGCUAUAUAGGUCAUAAAUCCCGCCUCCUCCAGAAAACUCUUUGGAGCUGUGGACAAACUUUAGAAAUUAAUUACACAGAAUAUACAUUUUUCUCCCCCCUGCUUGCGAUGUUGACAUGUAGUUACUGUAAGACUGGUUUUGGCUCAAGUUAUCAGGGGGUUAAUGUUUUCUAUGAUUGACACUUCAUACAGCCUAUGGGUCAUCACAGCGACUCUCCCGCUGAAUGUGUACAACGCUACUGCGCAAUGUUGAUUUCAGGAAGUGGAGAAAAAAAUGCGGAAAUACCGAUAUUUUUUCCGCUUCAAAUCUGUAUACUGGUGGAACCAAGUUGUCCAUAGUAUAUACAGUCUAUGGUUGUUAAUGGGUUGAUAUCUGUCAAGAAGGAGCGGGUGUGCUAUAUCACAGUUGUUCCCAUUUAAAAAAAAAAUGCUAUAAAUUCUGCCAUCAAUGCAAAUAAUCUAAAAAUUGCACAGUUUAAAAGAGUCAAGUCAACAUUUCUUGUCCACAGAAUGUAAAAAUAACAAAGAUUGCUCUUAUCCUUUGGGGAGCUGAAAACUUAAUUAGAUCAGUUCUCCAAAAGGGUUGUUUUUUAAAAUCAUUUUUCCAACAAAAUGGAAUAAAAGUAUGUUAAUGAUAAGGGAUUAAGUUUAGAAGUAUCCCUAGAAAGCAACAAAGUCCUGCGUGUAUGUACACAAAACACAUUCAGUGGUUCACCUUCACAAAGAGCCCCCUCAGGUCAUCACACACACAGCAGUGUUAGUCGCGUCAGUGGGUGAGGGGACAGGAAACAGGAAAUCCUAAUGCGAAGUGUGUUUCUGUUAGCUCUAUUAAAUUUUCAGGCUUUGGGAGGGGGGUGGUGGGUGUGGGGUGGUCAGCCUUCUGCUGAAGGUUAGCGUGCCACGCCUCGCCAGACGAAACACACACCCGGCUCAGCACAGAGAGGCUGGUUUUAAACAGGUCCUGAUAGUGGAAAUACCUGCUGCCAGGACCUCAGAGUUUAUGUACAGGCAGUGUCCUCUUUAGGUCCAUUUUAGGGACGCACUGAAAAUCCAUCCAUCCAAGAACAAUGUUUGUGGGGUUCUCAAGACGGAAAUAGUGAAAAACAUGGAUUGGAAUUAAAAUAUUUUUUAUCUGGACUUUUAUCGUUUUUGCCAGAAUUGCAAAACUUAUCGUGAUAAAUUUUUUAGCCUAUAUCGCCCAUCCCUAGCAUGGAUCAUCCAUUUCAUAACCCCCUGAUAGACCAACGGGUCCAUGGUAGAUGGUUGACGGCUUCUCUCACUUCGCUGCAGCCAUCACACUCUGCAACUUGACUGUAAAUAAUAAGUGACACAAAACUUGAAAACCAAGACAAUCGAUUAUAAAAAUUAUAAUUCUAAUCUUAAUAAGCAAGUAUAUGUAUCUGUGCUCACUAGUCACCAUAUUUACAAAGUGAUCAGUUUCCUGUGAUCUCACAUACAGAGUGAAGACCUUAAAUGCUGCCAUGAUCUGUUGUCUGUUGUUCACCAGAUACUAAUAAUGUAAUGCAGUGUUUCCCCUAUCAUUGUAUUAACCCCCACUCUAGUGGUAGCCCCCUACCCCACCCCACCCUCUUAAAGGUCAGGUUAGUUUUGUUUAACUUGUUUUUCUACAAAGCACCAGAUCACAACAGGAGUCAUUAAAGGACACCUUUCCUAUAGAACAGGUCUAUAACUUUUCCUUUUAGUAAACAAAUGCUCAAUUGAUUUGAAAACCAUCAAUAUUCAUCAACAUUUGACACAGCCCCUGGCUUUUUUGAAAUGUGUGCACACUGGUCAGGAUUGUUGUUGGCCGUCCUCAGGAGAGAAGACAAUGGACUAUAGUAAAGAAGAGACUUCAGGUUACUCUUGACAAAAGCGUUUGUUCAGAAACCUUGCUCUCAUACAUUAUAUUUGCCAAAUAAGUGAGUUAAUCACGAUUACUCACUCUCUUGACUUUUUAAAGUCCAAUUAUUUUUGCUCAGCUAUCACCAUAUUCACCUUCAUUCUGUGGGAAAACCUGUAUUUCUGUAGCUCAAUAGCCAGCCUUCAUUCAAGACUGCAUGUCUGUACAACUGUAUCCAUUAAUUAUUUUGCAACUCUUCAAAACUUUUCGGCUCUGCCCUCGUGUCUGUGUGUGUGUGCACUUCUGGUUUCAUUAAAACCAAAAGCACAAUGGACAUAACGCCACCCUUCGAGGCGUCCAAAACCACAGGUCACAAAUCACGAUGCUGUUAACCAGUCAUGUCUAAUUCUUUAACAGACUGCUGUUUAAGCAUUUAUGGUGCAACCAGCCUUGUGAUGUUGGUAAUGAUCAUAUUGUACUUGACGUGUUUGUUUAAUUUAGUGUUUUGAGUCUUGCGUAACAUACUGAUCUGCCCCAGUGGCCUCCCUUUUCACCAGGAAAGCCUGAAAAAUUAAGAGUUGGCUAACAUGCUCUCCUUACAAAGUUGUCCAGAUAAGUGUUUGAACAGAAACUCCUGCCCUGCCUCUAAUUACCUCAGUAAACACGUUUAAAUCUAAGUAAAUCUGUCUUUUUUUAAGUGGCCCAGAUCCUUGCACAACCACAGCUGCUGCUCAGAUGGGAACACAGUCUAAAUUUAUGAGUCAGCCUGUGGGUCUAUCUCAGAGGAAUGUUUUUGUUAAAGCACUGAGGAGUUGGAACGGAGGGGGCGGGGAGGUCCUCCUGUGGCUCUAUUAAGUAUCAGUCUGGUCUUAACUCGGAUCCCUCUGAUCAGCAUAUGCUCAGAGUGUUGAAACAACUCCACGGAUAAGACAGGCUGCCAUGUAAACUGAACGCAGUGUUAGUUAGAUUAGAUUACUGCAGCAAUGGGUGAUAACACAGCAGUCAUUAUCAUUGGAGCCUAAAUCUGACCUCAGCACUGCAGAGACUCCCCAGACAAUUAUUCUUCUGGUAGUUUGCUGCAGCAACACAGAGUCAGUCAAGAUCCCAGCAGCUCUUACAGCUACCUCAUAUGUUCUUGAACAUCUAAACCUCAACAAAGAAAAGAUUUCUAACUUCAGUGUUUACAGAUGUGAAUCACGCUGUUCCUGACUUCUCAAUGUUUCCAAGUGAAGUUGAAAAGGAUAAAAUAAGAUUUGUUUUCUUCUGGAAAAAAACUGCUGAAGUUGUUUCAAUACAAAUACCAGUUAUGAAAAUUCCUCUGAUACAGCCAAAGUUAUGGUGUUGGAUACAUUUCCAAUACAACUGCUAGCAACAUACGGUCAUUUUUUGUGAAAGUUUGCCAAUUGACUUUUAUUCUAUGGAUUUUAACACAGAUUUCAACAUGGAUUAGGACUUUUGUGCUGCUUUGAUAGGAAAAGGAGGAUGGCAGCCCUGCAGCACCAGCAGCUGCGGCCAGAGUUGAUGGAGUUGUUUCUAGUCUUAGAUAAGCUGUGUUACAUGGGCACAAAUAAUCGGAAUAAGUGCCCGAUUGGAAUAAAAAUGCAUCAUGAAAACAUGUUGAUCGGAAGAUUCUGAUCCAAUUUGGCUCAAUUAGAUAGAAAUUGUAUUCCGAUCAAGAGGGGUGGUUUGUGCUGAUCGUUAUUCCAAAACGCAUCCAUGUAAACACUUAUUCCAAUUGUGACUCUCUUACCUGACUCGAUCUUCACUCUUAAGUCUUUGGCUUAUUUGUUGAGGCCAGUACAGAAAGUUACAUAACAAGGCGUACAUACCAUGGAUGAUGUCACAUCUGCACGCACAGUGCAACCUUUGACAGAACAGUAAAAUAAGUACACAAGGGCGCCAUCUAGUGACAACAUUUAACAGGGAGGAAACUCCUGAACUGGAUGGAGUGAGCCACUUCUGCGUGUGUUGGUUCGUUGACAGCACAGGUGUAAAUACAACUCUUUUUCUGCAUUGUUUUAGCAGAAUCAGACAACUCUGCGCAUGUCCAAAUGCUUCUAAUCUGAAUAAAGCUUGGUGCAUGUAUACACACAUCAUGAUCAGAUUAUUUGAUUUUGCACCCAUAUAAACAUUGAAUUCAGAUUAUCUGAUCCCUCAAAUUUUUAAUCGGAUCAAGAAAUUUCGCCCAUGUAAACGUGGCUACUGUCAAAGGUACUGCAUUUGGCGUAGUGUGAUGCUGAAUGCUGAUGUGCUUGACCGUGGAGGUUGUGUUUUCCCCCUUGCAAGAUAUAAUUACACAUUACACAGAAUUACAUUGUCCUUUUAUUUGUGUUGCUACCCUGCAAUAAAAUGAUUAAUUCCCACUGUCAAUAUUUUCCUAAUGACUUUAUGGUCCCAAUCUUUGGUUUCAGGACUUUUAAAACCCAACAUCAUUUUCAUUUAGCAGGUUAUGGUUCCCAUUAGAGCGACAUAGACAAUAUAGCAGGGCGCAUUUUGAAGUAGUCGCUACCUACAACCAUGGCAACCAGUCAACCAGGACUAAAUAGCCAAGCAUAUCUACCCUUUUAUCCAAGUAUGGUCACUUCUAGUACCAAACAACCAUGAUGGAACAGCCAAAAAUACUUUAUAAACUUGAACGCUGAGUAGUAUGUUGAUGUAAAAUCCUUAUAAGGGAAGCUUGUUUAUUGCAUGAUACACUGAGUGGAAAGGCAAACCAAGAUGUUAUAGUCUGAAUGAUUUAAGAAGGACCACUGUGUGUGUGUGUUUUUAUUAAUGAGGGAGUGAACAAAGCAUCUCUUUGUGUUCCUGGGAUAGAAUAAAGUUUGUCCUUUUGGGGCCUAAUUUUACUCAUUAGACUAACUACAUUACAUUCUUGGCGCUGUGGCUGUCAAACAUGUGUAAACAGGGGUUUUAUACUGAAACAGCUUAUUGUUCGGGUUUAAUUUGAUGAUGGCAGCCUGGCACCACUCUGGCACUCUUCUCUCCAUGGAUAUUAACUCUACAGUUUACUGAACAGAACAGAGCAGACGCAUGGAUCAGGCAUAAAUACCAAGUAGAUGUGUAAACUACCUAUGUCACAGGGAAUUAUGCAUCCAAAUACCAUCAGGGUUGCUAGCUUUUUAACUGUGUGCUGAUUACAAACCAGGUGGUCUCUCUCCUCUUAGAAGUAGAGUGCACAGUGUCAGGGAUUUCCACAAAGAGUGUCAAAUUUUGCCUCUGUCCAUCUUGGAUGAGCUCAGGCCCAAAGAAGGUGUCUGUGUUUCAUGAUUACAAAAGGUUUCUUCUUUGCACGGUGCAGCUUUUAUCUGAAUUUGUGAAUUAAUGCUGCGUUCCAGUUACCUCAGAAGUCGGCUGUCGGAGCUGGGACUGACAUUACGCCCGAGUUGACGGCGUUUUAGUAAACCAGUUGGAAAACCAAGAUGGAUGCCUACUGUUAGCCAUUGUUAGCAUUUGUUAAGAAUUGUCAGCUAUUGUUAGCCAUUGUCAGUUGUUGUUAGCCGUUGUCAGCUGUUGUUGGUUGUUGUUACCAGUUGUAAACAACAUACAACACAGUAUUUUACUCUUACAAACACCAUAGCACCGUGUUCACAGUUAGACGUUGGGCAGAAGAACAUAUACCGCUUAUUUAAUUUCACAAAAACAAAACAGAGGUAGUAAAAAAAUAAUACAUUAUGAGAGCUUUCACUGUUACUCCUUACUGUUGAUGCACUGUGCAGCCAUCUUGGCUUAUAACAUUGUCAUCAAGUCCGGUUACUGAGGAUGGUCUGACUUUCCAAGUCGGUAAUCAGACUUCAGGGGGGCAUUCCAGAUGAAUUUCCGACUCCGAGCUUGGAAAUACUGACUUCUCAGUACAACUGAAACUUAGCUUAAGUGACAAGCUACAUCCACAGGCAGUGGUUUUUCAUGCAGUGACUUCCACUACAGAGUAAUAUCAGAUUUUAAUGCAGUGCACCUUGCAGAAGGCUUGAAGUUCAUGGCCAUCCAGUGUUGACUUUUGGCCUUGUACCUUUUGUAAAGAGAUGUCUCCAGAUUCUCUUUAUCUUAGAAAAAUAAAAUGUACUGCAGAUGAUAAAACCCUUUCAUUCUUUGCAGUUUUAUACUGAGAAACACUAUUCUGAAGUUGUUGAACUAAUCUUAACACAGUCUCUCACAGAUUGUUGAACCUCUUCCAAUCUUUCCCUCUGAGACUCUCAACCUUUCUGGAGGGCCUUUUUUAUAACUAGUCAUGUUAACCCGUUGCUAAAAACCACAUCUGUUGUCUUCUUUUUUUCUAUAUUUUACAAUGAGCCUCAACUUUUUUUUACAAUCAGGGUUAUACAGUUUUGUGGGGGUUUUAAAAGCUUGAUUCUUUGUUUAUAACCCCAACAGGGACAGCGAGCACAGUGUAUCAUACUUAAAACCACAACCACUGACGGGGAAAACAAUCAUUCCAAAUAUGCGAGUAAAAAAUGAAAAUCUUACCAAAAUGACUGUUGCUAAUUAGAAGCAGACUUCAGAAUGUCAGAAGAAUGAACACAUUAGUGAGAAAUCAGUGAUUUCUUACUUAUUGAUUGUCUUCAUUGCAGUAGACUUUGGAAUAUGCUGUGUUGUUGCAGAUGUUGGUGGAACAAUGGAGUUGCAUCCAUUGACUCACUGAAGAGAGUUUGCCUUUUUAUCGCAUGGAGCCCAAUUCUUUUCUAGCAAAUGAUAACAACAGCAGUGAAAAUUUCUAUUUUUCACAGUCUGUGUUUUACUCAUCAUAUCAUUCAUCAGUAAAAUCAUCCCAGAAAUACUCUGCCAAGGCUCCUCCUGAUCCAAUCUUUUCCCCUCUUUUUACUAGUUUAAAUGUUUUUCUCGUGAAACAUUUAGAAUUUUUUGUGUUCUACAAAUGUUGAAUCACACUGAGGACCUUUUUCCAUAUGUGUUGAUAUAGUCGACAGUAAAGCAGACCUUGAAGCUGUAAUGCUUAUUGUUUGAAACAUAUCAGACACUGUUAUAAGUAUUAUCUCCAGUAUACAGUAGCUACUGUCAAUCAUGGUGGAGGCGGUAUCAUGGUUUUGGGAAUGAUGAUAUAUGAGUGGUGCUGCUGUUGGUCGUCUCACUGUCUGCGAUGCCACGUUGAACUCUGCCAAGUAUUGUGGCAUUCUUAAAACCCACUUGCUCCCUUCUGCAUGUGCACUGUUCCGUUGAGGUCAAAACUAGAUGUUUUAACAAGACAAUGCUCCUGACCACACAUCCAGGGAAAGUACCACUUCACUGCAGGAACACAGUAUUCAGGUCCAAGAGCGGCAAGAUCAAUCCCCUUAAAAAUCUGUGGUGGAUUAUCAAAAAGUCAUAAACAGAAGAAUUUGGAAGAAUUAAAGGAAGUAAUUCAAGAAGAAGAAUGGGACACGUUACUCCUUAACAGUGAGAGGCUCAUGGAGAACAUGCCAGACAAAAUCAGAACUUUUACUGCAUGCCAACAGCAGUACUACUCAAUAUUAAUUUGAUGAUGUGGUGGUUUAUUUAUUCUUGUUUUUCCUGUUAUUCGUUCACUUUGACACCGACAAUGUCGAGAACUAACAUGUUGAAACAAUCAAGGAUUUGACUUUGGUUCAUUUCUUCAACCACACCUUGUGAAACACAAAGAUUUUUUCUGAGAAUAUUUCAUGAUAAAAUUUGAGAUUGUACAUAGAAUUUUAAGGGUGUCCAAAAUUUUUUUCUACUACUGUAUUUACAUGCUGUGUAUUUGAAACAUAAAUAUAAGUGAUUUAAAUUUGCAGUUUUAACAGUGCAACUGUUGUCCCUAACAGUGUGUGUCUUGUGUGUGUGUUGCAGCUCAGACUGGGGAGGUGAUGGGGGAGUUUGGGCGUCUGUAUGAGCAGCAGUAUGCAGUGGCUCUCUUUAACAAAGUCCGCUUUGACAUUGAGGGAGGAGCCGGCCCACAAACCCAGCUGCUGCACCGCAAGGUAAAACCUCCUCUCCUUAACCACUCUGCAACACUUUUGAGUUCAUAAUUCGAACUCUGUGUUUAGUCAGCAGUAAAGUAUCCAAACAGGCUGCCAACAUGCAUCUUAACCUUCUAGUUAAAUACUCAGCUGUAUCAAGCCCAGAUGUGUUUUAGAGGAAAAGAGUGAAUAAAUGUUCUCAAUUUACUGUCAGUCCACAUGUUAGCCUCUGUGUUUGUCCUAUUGGCUUGAACAUUCAGUGACAUACCGCAGUUAUUGAUUUAUUUAUUUCGAUAAUUCAUUUUGGCUCAAACCCAAUCCUUAUCCUCGUAUUUCUCAAGCUGCCUAACCCUGGUGUAUUGGUGCAAAUGUUACAUUUGUCUCUUUAAAUGCAUAAAUAGUUUUGUUCAUAAUCAAUGUUUUGUAACAUGAAAAAAAGGACAUCAGGGUUACCUCCCUUUGACCCUGCAAAGAAUAGAUAAGGUUGUUCUUUCUUAAGAUCUAUUGGAUCGUCUAACUAAUGAGAAUUUGUGAAAUUUGAGCUUUGCAAUCAUACACAACCUCUCUCUGCUAUCCUGUAAAAAUUAACAAUGUUUGUUUGUCUCCCACAGACUCCUCUAGAGAACAAGUCCAUCUUCUCUGGCUCACUUUUACAGUACCUGGAGGAGAACAAGAAAUGGAGGAACCGUUUCCUCUUCGUCCCAGACUCUUACAACAUCAACUACUAUGAUAACAAAGCAGUGAGCUUAAAAACAGUCUGUGAGGUCUAUUUCUCAUGAUGCUGGUCUGAUUCCCUGCCUGUAACAUUUACUCUACUGUCUGUCUAAACCAACAGUCCUAUGACAGACACCUCAACCCCAAAGGAAGCAUCAACUGUGCCGGUUACAAAGUGCUGACAUCCAUGGAUCAAUACCUGGAUCUGAUCAGUAACAGCCUGCCAGGUAAGGUUUCAUAAGGAGUCUUAUUUCCUCUUAUCAUGAUGCAAAAUCUUUUUAUCAGUCCAUGAGACAACAAACAUGGAUUACCAUGACUAACAGGAAUGAAAUGUCCUUUAGUUGGGAAGUUUUUUCCAACUAACAGGACAGGACAUUUGAAAAGAAACUGAAUAUGUUGUCGUUUUGGAGACAUGUUUAAAUAUGUCAAGAGUUAAAGAGCUACUUAGUCUGCAGGGCAGAGAGGCCCUCAGAUAAGCUGUUCCUCCAGUAAAUGUCAGAGUGAAUCCUUGAACAUGAGCGGACUGGAUGUGUGGGAACCUGCCAGAGUCUGCAGCUGCAUGGUUAAACUCACUGUGUGGAUCAUAACCGAAAAACUGAAAACUUUUGACAAUGAAAGUUUUAUUUACAACUUAGGAAACAACAUUGAGAUUGAAAUUACUCUCACUCGCAUUUUGCAAAACUUAAACAAGCAGAAAUUAUCUUUAGAUAGGUAACAACCGGUUUCAAAAAUAAUGAUAAAGUUAAAAUUCAACAUCUGGGGGUUAGGAUUUUCACCUUUUCAAACCCUUAUCUAUGGUCACGAACUAUGAGGAAUGACCAAAAUAUCCAGCUUUUGGUGGUAAGUGCUUGAAAUUAGUUUCCUGUUUGGGUUCAGCCUGAGAGGCAGGGUCAAGAGCUCAGACAUCCAGAGUGUCGAGAGUGGAGCUGAUGCUCUUUCGGUUUAUAGGAGCCACACGAAAUGCAGUAGUACAAACAGAUAUGUCCAACAGGGAGGGAAGACCCUGGUAGACCUAGAGCUGUCUGAAGGUGUUAUAUGUUAUGUUAUCCUAUCUGGUCUGGAAAUGCCUCAAGAUCCCCCAGAAGAAGCUGGAAAGAGUCCUUUUCUUAGACUUCAUGACCUUAGCCUGACUAAAUCAGAGCAAAAAAAAAAAUCUGUUUGGGCAAUAAAGCUGUUAUUCUCUGUAGACCUUUUUGAUACAAUAACAGGAAAGUGAUAUUUUUGGUCAUAAUUUUGCAGAUUCAAAUCUUUUUUAACCCUCUAGGCCUUCCUUUAUUUAGCAAAUAUAGCUGUAUUAAUUUUUCUAAUAUCAUAGUUUGCUCUGAGUUUGUAAAAUACAACAAGCUUUGUAGGACUGCUAAGAACCAUCUGCUCCGUAAGAGUUAGUGAAGCAAAUAACCAAAAGAUACUCGAGGGAAGUCAACUUUGGCCUCUGAGAAUUCUGAUGGUGAAAAACUUCACAAAUUCAAAGUAUGUUUGUGAACAUAAAGGUAGGCGGUUAAACCCUCCAAAAACAGGAACUGCUUAAUAACAGCAUAGCUCAUGAGAAUUGCAGAAUUUCACAACAGCUAGAAGAGACAACAGGGUUAACAGAGUCCACAUAACUAGCUGUUCGACUGAGUAAGCGACUGCUCAUCAGGGUGUGUGAUUAUUGUCUCUUAAAAAGACAGGAGUUGGGACAUGUGCAUGAGUUAUUGCUCCUUUGUGAAACCUCAUUUUAUUUCAAGUCUAGUUUUCGUUGCUUUAUUAAUUUUCAUCAAUGAUAACCAUGUUGAAAACUUGAUAACCCCUUUAUAACUUUGAUAACAUUGAGAGCUGUAUCAUCUUGUGUUUUUAUCACAUGCAGAAAGUUUAAUCAAACCCCUGAAUGCAUUUUGGUCACAUUUCUGUUUUUCCAGGUGUUAAAGCAAAGGUGGGGAGUUCGCCUUUCCUAAAGUGCGCAACUGUGUUACCUCUGAUCCUGUGGCACCCGUACGCCCGACACUACUACUUUUGUGCCACGACGGAGAAAGAGCAGCAAAAGUGGCAUGCUGUUCUGCAGGACUGUGUCAGACACAGCAAUGAUGGUGAGUCCCGCACACCCGUAACAUCUUUGCAUGGUGAAUUAAAGACAUUAUGCAUGAAAUGUUUCAAACAGAGGACAGACACGUGUUAGGAAAGAGCCUCCCAGGAUGAUUUCGGUCCUUUUGGAAUAAGUUUAAACCUGACUCUUCUGGUUCGGUCGACGGUUGUGUGCAGCUAUAUAGGAGGGGCUCUGAGUACCCCUACAGGUGGUCUCCAGAAGAACCUGAGAGGAAGGAUUGAAGCACAUUUUGUUGAAAUGUGUCUGCACAAAAAAGAAGUUUAUUUUGAUUUUUACAAUUUGUAAAAAUGUUCAUACAUCAGUGAUUCACCAAGUCUCCCCCUGUCUUAGAUUUUUCUUUUUUCCUGUAAUAACUGGCAGAAACAUUGAGCAGAACCUAGGGCUGGGCGAUAUGGCCUCAAAUCAAUAUCACAAUAUAUUGAGCAGUAACGACAAAUGGACGAUAACUAUUCCACAAGCUGCUCACCCUCUCCCACAUUAACUUCCUCUACUUCAGCCGCUACAACUUUUGAACCGUCCUCCAUCUCCUCACCUGUCUUUUCCUCUUUGUUACGGACUGGAUGGGGUGGAGUCACGUCUCCAUUUUUUGACAUGGGCAAAAUGACGUUGGUUAUUGUCGUAAAUUUUGGGUUUAUCGCUCAGCCCUAGAACAACCAGACUCAUGUUACACAGUUAUCUGUUGUUACUGCGUUGUGAGAGGGGGACACAGAUACACCAGAUACACAACAUAGAUGUAUGGACAAAGUGCCAAAAACAAUGCAACAAAUUCAUGUACAACUUACAGGAAUACUGUGUUAAUGUACUAAUCUAGGUUUAUUUAAAGCCAACAGGUCUAUAGUAACAGCAUAGCAGCACUACUAUUAGUAGUAAUGAAGUUAAAGUAAAUAAUGGGGGUUGGAAUCAGAAGGAGUCACAAAGAUCUACAGUUAACGUCAGCUUUAUAACUAUGAUAAAAAUGGUGAGACUGAUGCACGCAGUUGAAGCAGGCAGGUCCACAGCAGCAGGGUGUGAUCCAGAGGAACCUACUGCAUGAUGGAGCACAGGGACUCCCAGAAAGGUCUAGCAGUUUGUGUCUAAGGGAGAGAAAGGUGCUGAGUGUAUCAGUUCCUUCAACAGUCUUAAAUAACUAGGAACCUGAACCAGCCCCUAAAUGUAAGCUUUAUCAAAAAGAAACAUUUAAAGCCAUACGGCAAGCAGUUUUAAGUUUGCUAUCCCAGUCAGAAUGAUCAGGUUAAUCCACAGUGAGCAAACAGAGAGAUUUGCCUCAACUCCGCUCCUUUUUGACUUUGAUUUCUUAGCUAUUCUUCUGACUGAAAGUGGAAAUUAAAGUAAACACCUGAUUGCGUCAUGCUUUGAAGUAUUUACCUGGUUGCCAUGGCGCUCAGCUCUGAUAAAAGUGGUCUAAGAGUUUAGAGGAACCUGUUGAGUAUGAAUGAAGCUUUGUUCCAACUUCACAUGAGCUGUUUACUCUAACAGAGGAUUUAUUAACGGACAGGGGUGAACAGACAGACCUACACUUACAUUCUCAGACACACACUCUGUGUUAUUACAGGAUGUAAAAAAACACAAAUGAACUAAUAGGUGUUUGGGAUUGUGUGUGGUGAGUAAAUAUGUAUGGUAGACCUCUGCAGACUGUGUUUAUGAGAAGAAACAAACAGACAGAACCAGCCAAACUGAUGGAGCCACAUUCUGUUAAUAUUAUGCAUCAGAAAUUCCAAAAAUGUCAACAUAGACUCUUCUAUUUACCUAAACAGCUUCAAUCUAGAUGCAUCAAACAACAUAUCACAGUCCUGCCAGGCCAUUUUCACACGACAGAGCGUCUGGAGUCACCCAGACUUUCAAACAAGUGGUUACAGGUAACACCACCAGGCCACAACACUGAGAAAUUAAUGUUUUGAUUAUCAGUGAACACAGUGCUGUUACAGAGCAAGCCUUUUUGUAUCCAGGACAGGACUGUGAUAUGUUGGGCGAUACAUACAGAUGAAGCAAACUCCUUCUCUCAUGUAACGCAGUGAUUUUUCUUUCCACUGCCUGUGUCACAGGACUCCUGUCAUCUUUUGCAUGAAUUUACCGACCAGCAUGUGGUACAGCUUAAUAAACAGAAUAACACACGGAUCAGUAGUUGUUCCUGAGCCCCAAAUUUGUUUAUUGUUGUUUCAGUAACAUGUACAGAUUUCGAAAAGGCCUCUGCUUGGGUUCCCCUCUGCUCGUCCGAGCUGAUGCUGUUGAUUUAGCCGCUCUAUAAACAUGAAGUCCUUGUUAUUUUAUGUCAUGAAUGAGUGUCCAGUUAACACAAAGGUUCAACAGCUGUUGCAGUGAGUCAAAGCUGCACCUCAUGCCACGCAACAUGUGACACUUAAUGGGUGUUGAAGGGCCUGAUGGCCAGGGAUAGUGGUUGUUUUGUUUAAAAAGUAGACUAACAACAGCUCAUUGUUCACGUGUUUAAGUCUGCUCUCUGUUAUUGUCUGUAAAUUCCUUCAGUCACACUGUUUCUCUGUGUUUUUGGAGGCUUUUAGGAAACAAUGACACAAAUACAAACCACCACAAAACCUUUAAAUUUGUGCAGUGGGUUUUCACAUUUCCUCCCCUCAGGAGCAGAUUUUUCAGUGUCAGCUGUACAGAUUGUGAUUUCUGUGUAAGCUGAAAGAGGAAGUAGCAGUAACGGUUACCAUGCCUGAGCUGUGACUCGGUCCAGCUGCAUGACGUAUGCAUGGCUGAGUGACUCCAUAUGUAUACAGAGUGGCACACAGAGUGACUCUCAUAGAAUUAAAGUCAUUCUUUAACAGCUCUGAGUUCAGAAUUCAUAGUAUACACUGAGUGAGCAGUCAUGACGCAAUAUAGGACUGGGUUUACCUGUGGCAAAAAUAAACUUUGAGCCUCUCAAAUCUCUCUUAAUGUUUUUAGACAUGAUGUUUGUUUUAUUCUAUAAUCCUCCUUAAAUUACUUCAAGAUAAUAAGAAGAAAAGAGGUGUUGAUUGACCGAAGUUAAAGCUCAUGUGAAGAACUUAAAGGGAUAUUCCAGCGUAAAAUUUAUUUAGGGUCAAAUACACUGUAACACAGAGUUAGACACCCCCGUCGAGAGAUGAAUGUUGCUGACUGCUUGCCUCUCUAGUUAUACCAACUUUAGAAACGACCGCAGGAUAGCAAUACACAGCGGUCUGAGGAGCCACACUCAAACCUCAACCAAAACACCACUCUAUAGCCACAAAUGAUGCUCAGAACAGCACCUAACUUCAUCAACAGUACAUAUACGGUCCCAGCCAUAGCACUAGCCACCAAACGUCUAUUUAGCUUUGCCUGAUUUCUUUAGCAAAGAGACUAAACACAACUCACCCACUCUUAUCCCGCAGCCGCUUGUUCGUAGCAAGAUUACGGACUGCAGCGGGGUGACACAGCUCAAGGAAGAACAUUUAUGAUCAUUUCCUCAUGGAAAUGCAAUCAGACAGGCAGAAGAACUACCACAUCUGCAAUGCAAAAUGAUUAAUAUGGUGAUUAUUACUUCAAGAUAAUGAAAAAGUAAUGAUCAUAAAUGUUCUUCCUUGAGCUGCAUCACCCCGCAGCAGUUUGUAAUGGACUCGUCUUCCUACAAUUCAUAUUGAUGCCUUUUUAUGAUAAACAAAAGCAAACUAGACCAUCUGUGACAAAAUCAAUCACUUUUAUAUUGUAGUUUUUAUUGCUUGACACCGGUACGAGGCGGUAGGUGUCAGCCAAACAACUAAGGAUACAGCCCCAUCUUACAUUUUCCUCAUAAAAUAAUCACAAUGGAUGGUCAUUUGACUGUCAAAAGAUUGGCAAGGUACCAUAACUUAAUUUUGAGGAUCUAAACCUUUUCCUCUCCACCUUCUUGUAUUUCAAUAAUUGAUACUUAAUUAUCUGUUUAACCCCAUCCAGUAUCCAAGGCUUUGAGGUAUUGACACUUUAUCAUACAUUAUCAAAAUGCAAAAAUCUGAUUUUUUUUUAUCAUUGACAUCUAAAAACAAACUUAAAAAUUCUUUGUCAGGUCUGUCUUGACAGAUUUACAACACAAUAAACUCAAGUGAUGUGUGGUGAGCAUGUUUAAUAUGGAAUUAGGAAAUGUACCUCUGUGGGCCUAGUCUUCGUCGAUCUACAGUGUCCUUUUGACCUAAUGUCCUGAGACCUCCUCAACUUUGUAACAAAAAAAAAGUAAAGAAACUUUUGAGGAAUGUCAGGAGUGAAUAAGAGGCUUUGUUUUGAGCUGCAUCAGUUUGAAGCAUUAGUUUGAAUAAGUUUUAAAAGAAGCCUCAGAUAAGUGUUUUUACUGCGAUUAAAGGAUGAGAUUAUUUUGUUUUUCAUGCUCAAAGAAGAAGGUGAAAAUCCUGAUAUUGUGAUGUUAAACCCCUUCAUACCAUCAGAGGUUGGAUCAAAAAAAUUUCCCCCACUUCCUGUCUCGGGUCUAGUCAAUGCCCUUCAUCCCUCCCCCCUCACAUGCGCACCCUCACACUAACAGACACACACUUCCUGACUUUGUGAGAGUGGGAUUUUCUCACACUCUGUCAGUGGGUCUGAACAGUAUUCUGGAGUUUUCUCUAUCACAGCACAGAGUUAACAGGCUGCUCUGCAUAAAAAAAACAGACUUUUAUUUUCUUUGGAGGACAGAAAAUAUGAGGAAUCCAAAAAAGUUCAUUUUUUUAGAUGACCUUUUUUUCCUCAGACUCCAUGUGACUCUCUGAGUACUGCCAGUAAAGAUUACACAGCAAAAAACAACUUUUUUGUGUUAAGCUACUAAUUAACUGUUUUUUUUUAUGUUAAACAUUUUUUAUAGUACAAUAUCAGGCAGGUCUAUAACAAAACAGAACUUUUACAAAUAAUUGUAGCUUUGUAGGUUUGUUGCUAUAGUAACAGAAAGGGUACAAACAAAGAAACCCAGUCUGUGAGAACAGAGCAGAUGAUCUUAGUCAUCGCUUCACUUCAUGAAAACUAAUGCUGUGGUUUAUUUUAAAGUGGCAGCCACUUACUUUCAGUUUAUUCUGUGUGCUAAAAUGCUAACAGUUUACAAUCUCUUCAUGUUUCCAGGUUUGUCAGAGGAUAAUAAAGUCCAAACCCCUGCCUUUACCGAUACUGUACGACUAUACCGCCAGGCUCAAGGGCACCACGGCACUUGGGAGAUGAUGUGUGGCGCUCCUUCGCAGGUAACCACUGUCAUAGUUUUCCUCCAGUGGGUCUGCUUUUCCCUUUUUCUCAUAGUUGAUUAAUGAUAAAUUGAUGUCAUGUUGUAUUUGGUGAAGUUAAAAAUCGGACCCUGAUACUCUCUCUAUAAAGGUGGGUAUUUAUUUGGUUCAGGUUGUAUUAGCAGAUGAAAAACAUUCACCAGAUUCCUGCUUUAACUUGAUUCCUCCUCUAAUCGUGUUUCUUUCCUGACUCUAAACAUGAAUAGACAGUUUUUCUGUCUGCAAAGUGUUCCCACUUAAGACCAGUGCAGACUUAGUGUGCCCUGCAGGCUGGUUUAAUGUCUGUGUGAAGCCUCUCAUCAGCUCUGUGAGACUCAAUUACUAUAGCUCUGUUGUAAAACAGGUUUUUCUUCACACAGCAAAUAUGCAAAUACAUCCUAUUAUAGAAACAUUUUUUUCUGAAUAGCAGCAACAUAUUUUUUGUUUCUAAUAGCUGAUGCACAACAAAAACAAAAAAUGUUAUUUUUUUCUUUUACAAGAGCAAAUAAAAACCAAGCACUAAGGUGUGAGAUAUUUAGGAUGAUUGAGGUGACUGACUAUUUCAACCUGUGCUAUUUAUUCAGAAUGUUAAAAUGGGUCAGUCUGCAUUAACCAAUAUUUGUUAUACCCUUUAAUUACAAAUUUUGAUGCUUGACACCACCAAAACUCAAAUCUUUCACAAAAAAAAAGAUUUAUUUCUUAUUUCUUAUUGUCUAGGUAUGAUUUUACAUUUCAUUCCAAGAAACUAAACAAGUACAUUUUACUAGCUGCAGUGGCAGCAUUUUUAACAAACUGAAACCAAGUUAGACCGCAUGUUUUUGCUCGUGAUUUUUUUCAGGCAAUAUGGAGCCAUCAUGAACCUUAAUCUAGUUGACUAAUCAUGUUAUUAUUAUUUUGUUAUUAUGGCUUCUUUCAUUCACAGUACAGUUUUGAUUUGCACCUGUGGUCGCGGUGUAAAUCUUUGUUCACAGACAAAAGUUUUGAUCCCAUGCAGUAAUUUCAACAAGAGUCUUUUUUAUAUAGUGCUGCCUUACAGCCUGAAGUCCAAGUCUUUUAUUGUUCCUUUUGUUUUGUUCCUAUUGUCUAAAACUAUUUUCAAUUAAAUAUCCACAUCACUUGAAUUUUAAACUAUGUAAAUCUGUUUUCUGCCCUGCUGUGCUCAUGUUCCUAAAUGAAAAACAAAGGUUUGAUAAUAUCAGUUUAUCUGUUUUGAUUUUCUUUUUUUAAUUUUUAAUCAAGAUCUUGUCUAAUCUGGUGAUGGAGCGCCUCCUUCCUAAACUGAAGGAGCUCAUUACCCCUCGCCUCAAAGGGAAACUCCAUGAGAGACAGAGGAACUGGAUGCUGGUAAGAAACAGCUUCAUACAAAAAUAUGCUUUAUUAUUUCAGUUUUUUGUUUUUUUUUACCAGUUUACUUCAGUUUACAUGUAUGUGUUUUUGUUGCUCUCUGUCUGUGCAGAUCAGUGAUGCAGUGUACAGUCUGGUGCAGACUCAGUGUCAGGCGCAGUACGAGGCGGUGCUGCAGAAGUGCGAGUCAGCUCGCUCGUCUCUGGAGGCUUCUAUACGGACAGACAUGGACCAGAUCAUCACCUCCAAGGAGCACGUCACCAACAAGAUCAAAGGUCAGUCUGAUAAAGCCAACAUAUUUAAUACCUACCAAAACACUGUGAGUCAAAUCCCGCUUCUCUGAGGAUGUAUGUCAUUAAAUUGUAAAUUUCUGAAACAAAAACAUGGAUUUUUAGAAGGAGACAAAGCUCCUGCUGCACCUGCUGGAGGGACUUUUCUUUGAAGCAGCUUUACAAAGUUGAUCAAGUUUUUGUAGUGUGAUUGUAUGAGGUCCUCUUCACUAAGUGUGUUACUCCCAAGGGAUCCUGGUCAGCUCAGCUUCCUCAAAAAUCCAGAAAAGAUUUGACUGAGAGUGUUACCUCUCUGUUGUUGUGUUCUUCCUCCUCCACAGGUGUGGUUCUACCCAAAGCGGAGAAACUGUUGAAGGUGAGCAUACAGCCGUACAUCAGCUCUAUUCUGGAUGGUUUGAUGGAGCCAACCAGCCGAGGAUUCGCUGAGGUCAGAGACCUCUUCUUCAGAGAGCUGGUGGACAUGAGCAAGAACACGCUGAACCAGGGCACCAAAGAGACCGUGGCACAGGUGAGGGGGUUCAAGAGAGAUUCUCCGCUUACACUAAGAGAUAAUCAGACCUAAUAAAGAGUCAAAUGAAACCUCAGUGAAAAAUAUACAACUAUAACCCUCCUUCUCCUCUAUUCUCUUCUCAUCUUGUUCUCCUUCUGUUUUUUCUUUUCCCUCACCUCCACCUUUUUUACUCCCCUCCUCCUCCUCGUCUUCCUUCUCUGUACUCUUCAAACCCUUAUUUUUUCUUUCCUCCCCUCUUGUGCUCCUCCUCCACAAUUUUUCAUACCCUUCCUCCUCCGUCUCUUCCUCCUCUUCUUCAUGAAUCCCACCCUCUGUUCCCACUCUUGCUCAAUUUGCCCCCUCCUCUUCUACCCAUUCUUCUAAAUUCUUUCUUCCUGUUUCUCCCAAUAUCUAUCCACACCCCCUGCUUUUCCUCCCCAAUCUCUUUCCCUGUCUUGUCUUUCUCAACUCUCACUUUCUUCUCCUCCUUCAUCUCAUGCUCCUCCAACUCAUGAUCUCUUUGUCAUCUUGCCUUCCUACAACUCUUUCUCCUUUUUUUUCUCCUCCUUCUCUGUCUCCUCCCCCUCCUAAAUUCUUAAAUCUUUCUCACUUUUCCUCCCCCUCAUCUCCUCCUUUUUCUCUUUCUCUAUCUCGUUCCCCUUUCUAUUCUCACUCCUCCUCUUCCUCUAUUCGCCUCUUCUUUUACCUCUGCCACCCCCUCCUUCUACUUUUCUCUCUUAAACCCUUUUUCCUCCCCCUCCUCUUCCUGUUUCCUCAGCACAUGGAGAAGAUCUCAAUGCUGGCCUUCCACCCGGUAAAGAUGCAGAGUUGUUAUGAGAAGGUGGAGUCUCUGAGUCUGGAGGGUCUUCAGCAGAGGUUCGACAUCUCCAGCCCGUCAGUGUUUGUUCAGAGGGCUCAGAUCCUCAUGAGAGAGGUAACAAACUAACUAUUGAAGAAAAAUAAAAAUUGAUAGAGCCCUUUUUGAGGAUUUAUCUGUUUGUGUCAAGUUACAUUUUUGAAAGCCAUGCUCCUAAAAUGAAAGAUCCAAUUUUGAGGUUUCCUAAUAGUUCCUCUCUGAGUGAGUCAUCUUUGAGCUGCCAGCUUUUAGUUCUGUUUAUUUCUUUGCUGGUUAAAAAUACAUGAUAUGUUCCUUAUUUAUCCUGUUUGUUGGAGCAGAAUGUCACAGAGAGCCCAUCAACUCAUGGAAUCCAGAAAAUUCUGAUGAGUCUCUGUUAAUAAUCAUUGACUCACUGGGUUAUCAAACAUACAGUGAUGCUGCAGAAUCUUGAUGGAGUUGUCCCUGCUUGAACUCAGCAGUAGUGAGUUCAUAUUGACCUUGACUGAUGUAGUGAACUAAAUUUGUUAAUGUUAAAGCGGAUGAUUCAUAAAACACAUGGAGAAAGAAGUGAAGAAGAGAAAGAAGUCUGAUGUGAAUGAAGUUUAGAAAUAUAGAAGUUUCAGUGGAGCUCCCUUUGUUUAUGAGGGGAUUGCACAGCUGACUCUGAAAGCUGCAUGUCAAGCAAAGCAGUGUGAGCGCCCUCUGCUGACGGUCAUUCCCAUGCUGAAAAACAAAUACCUUUUUGCAAUAUUCCUGGGUGGAUUAAGACUUGUUUUAUAAAUGCAUAUGUACAGACAAACUUCUUUUUCUUUUGCCUUGGAAGUACCAACAUUUUGCCUUCCUUACAUCCAUAUUUUUAUUAUUUUUUUUAUUUUUGAAUCUCUUGGGCCCAGGAGUACAGGGGAAAUUAAUAAUGGGACAUUUGUUUUCAAGGACAUCAUUGGGCAGAAACAAUAUGACAGCAUGAUUCUUCAUGUUUGCGUGCUUUUAAUGCACAGAAAAUAUAUUGCUUGCAUAAGUUUCAUGCUGCUAAUUUCUUUAGCAUAUAAAUAAACAACAGGACUGUUUUUGUUUUAUUAUAUCUUAAUCAUAGCCAACAGGGGUAUGACUGCCCUCCUUCUUCGUUCUUGUGGGUUCUCAUCAGGGCAUAGAGGCUGAUUCUUGACCCUAUUAUAAGAGCAGGGAUGAUAUUAAGCUUUAAUUGGGUCAUUUUGAUGAAGACCUUUCUUAGUCUGCGUUUGUUUUCUGCAGCACGAUGGAGGUCAUUGUUUUAUACAACGGCACCAUCGCAGUCGAGCUUUAUUCAAGAGGCUCCUUAGAUGACCUCUGUGUCCUAGAUGCCAUCAUUUUAUAAGGGCUUUUUUUCUCUGUUCUCUGGUGAUGUACUUCAAGUGCUGUAAGGCGCCUACUAUACAUGUAAUGGGUUUCAGAUGAGUACAUGAGGCAUGGCAUGACCACUGAUUAAGAACCAGGAUUUUAGUUCUGGAGUGAAGGUUUUCUAGAGACUCUUAAAUGUUUUUGAAAAGCCUGACUAGCACAGCCGAUCAAGCUGGUGGUGUUUCUCAUCAUCAAUGUCAGUUACACCAAAACAUUACACGUAUAACUAAACACAGUCUUUAUAAUUUAUGUGUCAUUCCACAGCAAAUGGAUGAUGCUGUUUACACGUUUGAGCAGAUACUCCACCAGAGUCUGGAGUCUCAGGGUUCAGACGAGCUCUGCAAGAUCAUACAACGUUGCCAGGACAGAGUUAUCAAGGUAACACACACAAACACACACACAGGCAGUAGGCAAAUGUAUCAUCACUGUGGCAUGUGGCAGAAAAUCAGUGUUAACUUUUUAAAAUCCAAACGUAUUACCUUCUAAUUCCUCUUGUUCUGUUGUGUUUUUAUUUUUUUAUUUGGUUCAGAAAUUUGACUACGACAGCAGCACAGUGAGGAAGCGAUUCUUCCGUGAGGCUCUCCUUCAGAUCUUCAUCCCCUACAUGCUGAAGCAGCUCAGCCCAACCUGCUCCCCGGUCAGUCUCACAGCUUUCAGACACUUUAAAAAACUGCCUUCUUGACUUGAAAGGUGCCUCUCUGACUUAAGGGCUUCUGAGCAAAAUGUCUGGAAAUUAAUUUUGGUUUCAUAUGUUGAAAUGUUUGACCAUGCUCACUAUUGUGAAUAUCAGGAGCUGCCGCGUUUCAAGGAGCUGAUCUUUGAGGACUUUUCCCGUUUCAUCCUGGUGGAGAACAUCUUUGAGGAGGUGGUGCUGCACUCUGUCAUGAAGGACAUCAUGAUGGGUUGGUCUUUAAAUUAUGUUCUUACUUAUAGUAUUUAUAACGAGAGUGGUUCAGUUUGCUGUUUUUUACUGAAAAUCUGAACUUUAUUGGAUCUGAAGACAACUCCUAGUUUGUCAAAAUUGUUUUCCUCAAUGGGCAAAAACAAGCCUUAUUCCAAGUCCUCGACAUAAAAGUUCAACUUAAAAAAAAAAAAAGACAUCUGUGAAUGGCCACUUUUAUAUUAACCUUAAUAAGACUUCAAGCAGCAGUGCUGGUCUGCUGUUUUUGUUCUCAUUUGUCCAUUUGUAAAGAUUUUCAAGGACAAUUUUUUGCCCUAUUAUUUUAUAAACUGGUUAAACAGUGGCAGGUAAAAAACUAGCGAGGGAUGACAUGCUCCUCAUAGCAACACGUAGGACACGGUCUUUCCUUCUGACUAAACUAGCACCCCCUCUCAUUUAUCUUUCUUAUAUUCCUGUGCUCUUAAAUUUCCUUUCCCCCCCCUUUCUUCCAGCUGUGAAGGAGGCAGCAGUCCAGAGGAGACACAACCUGUACAGAGACAGCAUUGUCCUUAGCAACAGUGACCCCAGUCUGCACCUGCUGGGAGAAAAUCCCUCAAUUGACUGGGUUGGAGAAUAUGGAGGAGCUCAAGAGGAGGUGGAUGGUGCUGGAGAGGAGCCUCAGGACGAUGCUGAGGGUGAGGGUGAGGGAGAGGGAGAGAGUGAGGCGGCCCAGAAGAGGAGGAGAAUGAAGCAAGUGGUGUCCAUGAUCCAGGUGGAAAGCCCUGCAGUCCCUUCUGGUGAGUCGUGCAUGGAGUUUCCAGGUGUGGAUGACAUCCCAGAGGAGGACAGAGAGGAGAAGGAGAAGGAUGUAGAAGCAGAGGAGAGCUCGGAUGGGAAAGCCUCUCCUGAGCAGAACGUAUCUGAGAGUCCUGAAGUUUCAGAAAAGUCUGCAGACUUAAUAAACAGUGCUGAGUUGAAGGAAGAAAAAGCAGAACCUGAAGGUGAAGAGGUCAAGCAGCAGGCCGAGGAGGAAUGUAAAAUAGAAGACAGCCAGCCUGCAACAGUGGCGGAGGAACAGCCAUUGUGCAACCAGGAGGCAUCAGACGAGGUUCUUCCACCGCCACCUCCUUCUGAGGAAACCCCAUCUGGAGCUACAGAACCCUCUCCAGAAGCAAGCUCAGACUUCCCCCCACCUCCACACGAUGACAGCGGCUUCCAGUCUCCCUGCAGUGAAGGAGCUGAAGCAGAUGACCAGGAGGAGGUGACCCCUCAGCCUGCAGAGGAGCAGCAGACGGGUGAACCUGCUGCACCAGAACCAGAAAGCAAACCCAGUGACUCUGAACCCACAGAGCAGUGAUAAAACCACCCUUUUUGUUUGAGAUAGACUGAAACCUGCCCCUCUGGGUUUGUCAUUUUCCAUAAGGAUCAUACAAAGUUUCUGGAUCUUUCAAUCAGUUUCCACAUUGAAGUAACCCCUCCACAGAUUCUUCUCACUGAGCAGGACUCAGGUGCUGUCCUCAGUGUUUUAUCAUCUUUUUCUCUCCUUCAAAACUUUGCAGAAAUCCUCAAAAACUCUGCCUUUAAUUUCACACACGUUCCACAAAUAUUUUUUUCUUCACCUGAUAUGAAUGUGAGCACAACAUUGAGUUCCUAAAGGUGUUUUGUAAGUGUAUGACAGGUUUCAGGAACACCACAGUUAAGUUACAGUUGGUGAAAAAAAAUAUGCAAACAGAUAAAAGUCUUUAAUCUGUCCUGUUUUUUUUAAUGUACCGCCUUUGAUUAUCAUCUCCAUUUAAGCUUUUUUAUGUCAUCUUUUUGAGUAAAUAUAAUUUCUGCUAAUAAACAUAAACUUGUUGGUUAUUAUUGGACCUAAUUGAUGACAGAAAAUACUUUUAAUCAUAGUUUAUUUUUCAUUUAUUUCUUUAUCCUAAUGUCUCCAGACUUGACAACUUCUUUAGUGUUGGUGGAAAUCUUACCAAUUUAUCUCGUAACAAAGAAAGCUUGUAUAUAUUUUGUAUAAAUCUGUUUGUGGACUCUUCAAAACCAAAUUUUACAUCAUUUUAUAUAAUUUCAUCAAUGUCUCUGCUGAAUUUCACUUUCUCUGUUUUAUUUAUUAUUUUGCACCCUGUCUCUUUUUUGAACAAUGUUCUUUUAGAAGUAUUUUACCUCUGUGUGUGAUAUGAAUAGCUGUUAUUGAUAAUAAAUCAUUAUUGAUUAAUUAUUAUUACUUUGUCUUCAUGGUCACUGUUGUUUCUUUUUAAGCCACAGAAGUGUGUAUCAAGAAAGUUAGAUGUUGUGAAAAGGACCAAUUUCAGAAAUUAUUCUCACCAUCAGGCAAGCGCACACAAACACGUGGUGAAAGACCAAGACCUUGAAAUAAAAUAUUCAAAUAUUUUGAACCUUUGUCUUUUACAGUGCAUCAGGUCUGACCCACAUUACCUGCAGUUUACCUUUGUGCCAGAAGAGAGCACUAAAGCGUUGUGAAUGUGUUUGCCCCUACAUUUUGUGCUCUCCAUUCACAGUUUUCAAUGAACGACAUUGUAUUCACUUUGUCAAGUUCUCAUGCUGACUUUAUUUUUUUUCAAUGAAAAUGCCCACUGCAAAGUUUAUAUUGUCCCAAGAAAAGGGAGAGUUUGUAUUCCUGUCUUAAAGGGAUAUUCCGGCUUAAAAUUAAUUUAGGGUCAAACACACUGUAACACAGAUUUAGACACCCCCUCGAGAGAUGAAUGUUGCAGACGGCUUGCUUCUCUGGUUAUACCAAAUUUAUUAGCGACCAUACAAUAGCAAUACACAGCACUCCAAGGAGCCAUAACCAAAUCUCAA